AUGAGGCUUUCGGCCGGCCGCACCUACGCGCAGCGCCCCGCCGAGCAGCUAGUCGACUCGUCAGCCUGGCCGUCGCCAAACGUCCAGGCCUGGCCGACGUCCGGGCAGACCGCGAUCCUCGUGCGUCUGCUGCAGGAGCGCGGCCUCAGUGCGGUGAGCAUUGGCUGCGGCGAGGGCGCCUUUGAGGCGCAGCUCGAGGAAGCCGGCGUGCCUGUGCGCGGCGUAGACCUCGACGUGUUGCCAUCAUACAAAACCAUGCGGUGCUUUCUGCGAGGCGGCAUCAUCCGCGUGCGUCCGGACGAACUCUUCCGCAUCGACGAGCCUUCGCGCACGUGUCUCUGCUUCGUGUGGGGACGCGCGCUGCCCUGGCGCGAGUACCUGUCUUGCUACCCGCAAGUGCCGCUGGUUUGCAUCAUUGGCGAGUCGGCCAGUACUCCAGAGGAGUCGGUCGCCACCGUCCCGAGCAGCAACGCGCUGGAGGCAGACGCGAGCUGGAGCCGCCUUCACUGCGGGCCGGCUCGCGCCGUGCACGGAGGCGCUGUGAUGUGUGUGUACGAGCGGGCGCCCGCCUCGCUGACGUCACUCGCCGCCGACGAGCUUCAGCUGAUGCUGCCAUGGUGGGGCCUGCGAGACGCUCGCGCCGCCGCUUGCUCCUGCCGCGUGAUGCACUCUGCCCUCGGCGAGGCCGUCGCCGCGGCCGCCACAGUCGUCGCUCGGCUGGAGAGACUGAGCGCACAGAUGUACUCGGCCCGGCUUCCCCGACCCGUGCAGGAGGCGAAUGGGAUGAUGCCUCGCUUGCUCACCAGCGCCCUCGCGUUGGACGAAGAGGAGGCGCCGAAGCGCCUGCUGCCAGACGUCCGAUUCGAUCCGGACGGCUCCGCCCACGGCCGCUUCUCGAACACGUUUGCGGCGUCGUGGCUCGACUGGGGCUCGAUGGGCCUCGCUGUCGACGAAGCUGCGACACUCUCGGAGGCGAUGCGAACUGAUUUGGCUGCCAAUCACGACCUCGCCAACGCUCUGCUCCUGUUGAGCUUGAGCUGCAACCCCAUUCGAGACGCGGGCGUGACGGCACUCGUGCAGGUUCUGCCCGAGCUGCACAGCUUGACUGCCCUGGAGAUCGAGGACUGCCAGGUGGGCGACGCAGGCGCAGCGGCGCUCGCCGCCGCGCUCCUCGCCGAGCCGCGUGGUGGGACUGCCUUCAGAGGACGGCUGCGCCGCCUCUGCCUGGGAUGCAAUCCGAUUGGUGACGACGGCUGCGUCGCGCUGGCGCGGGCGCUAACCGGCCCUCGCCUCCUCCACCCCACGCACGCGCGCGGGCUCGCAGUCUUGCAGCUCGGCGACACGGACGUGGGUGACGUGGGCGCGGAGGCGCUCGCCGGCGCGCUCGAGCAGGGAGCGAUGCCGGACGGACUACAGCUCUGGCUCGCCUCCACUCGGGUCUCGCAGGCUGGGCGGGAGGGGCUUAUGAGGGCUAGCGCGGCGCGUAGAGGCCUCCGAGUUUGCUGGUGA